GUUAUGGAGGUUAACCAAACUGAUCAAUGCCUCAGGUUUUCCUGUCCAGAGAGAUCUGUAUCUACUGCAGUGUAUGUGUUCCUGUAUGUGUGUGCAGCUGCCGUAGUUCUGCUAACAGUGUGUGGAAAUCUACUCAUCAUCAUCUCUAUUUGCCACUUCAAGCAGCUCCACACACCGACUAAUAUGCUCAUCCUCUCUCUGGCUGUGUCAGACUUUCUGGUGGGAGUUCUUGUGGUGCCGACAGCAUUAAUAUGGAUGAUUGAAUCAUGUUGGGUUUUUAGUGCAGUUUAUUGUUCCUGUUAUAUAUACAGCUCCUAUUUGCUCACAACUACAUCCAUAUUUAAUGUUGCCUUAAUCGCAGUUGAUCGAUAUUUUGCUCUCUCUAAUCCAUUCCUCUACACUAAAGCAGUCUCUGUGAACACGACGUGCAUUAUAGUUUUAUCUAACUGGUUUACAUUGAUUGUUUAUAAUGUAGCACUUCAGUACUUCAAUGGACACUUCGCAAGUCUGGUCAUUUGUCCUGGAUACUGCUUUUCAUGGUUAGAUGAGGUCUGGUCUCUGGUUGAUCUUCUGUAUACAUUUGUUUUCCCAUUGGCUGUUAUAAUUAUACUGUAUGUUCUAGUUUUUAUUAUUGCAAGGAAACAUGCCACUGCAAUCAGAGAGCUUAAUAUUCAUACUAGGACAUCAAAGAACAUAACACACUCUAUGAAAUCAGAGAGAAAAGCAGCUAAAGUACUUGGCAUUCUAGUUUCUGUGUUUCUAGCUUGUUUAUUUCCAUAUUUUAUUUAUACCUUAAUAGGUAACGCAACAGAAAUUAAAGACUUUCAAAAAGUCUUGAUACUGGUUUAUCUUAAUUCUGCCAUUAAUCCAGUUAUUUAUGCUUUGUUUUAUCCGUGGUUUAGGAGGUGUGUUAAACUCACUUUAACUCUACAAAUAUUCAACACAGAUUCAUCACUGAUGAAUGUUCUUUGA